UCAACUGUUACAUAUCUAUCGGUAUGUGGAAUUAAAAAUACCCCAGCUGAUAUAGUGAUUCAAUUCAGCGAAAAUGCUCCGCAUCCCUAUACAAAUAAACAGUAGUUACGGAACUCUGUGGUAGUGUAAAGUAACCUACAAUUUUCCGCCAUAUAGAGUGAAGUUUGACCAUUUUCUACAACCAUAGCUGCCUGCACGAAUGUUUUAUUCACACUGAUGCAGAGCCAUAAAAAAUGCGAGUGUGGUGUUUGUUUCAAGCGUCCGCCAUUAAUUUUGCCGUAGGUAAAUUAGCAACGCGCAUUCAUUCGCGUUUUUUCAUUCAUCACUCCGUGAAGCAGCGCAUUCAUUCGCUUAUACACUCCCUUGAUGACACCGGAGACAUCAAAGUCUCCACCGAGCGCACCCUGCCAGUGGAGUGUGCAGUGUUGUUUGCAUAGCUCCGACCGCCCGCGGAGUCUGGUAGUAGGCAAGUGGACUACCGUGCAAUUUCAGUCAGAGAGUGGUGCUUCAAAGAGGUUAUCUCGCUCUUCAAAUAUUUUGCCGGACUUUAGGUUAUCCGCUGAUCACGGGAGGAGAACUUGGUCGGGAUAGAUGUUUGUCAGGGCUACGUUGUAAUAUAGUGAUCUGCUCUAUCCACUUUUGCUUCGCAAACAAUCUACCAGUGUGUGGUCUCAUAUUCCCCGUGUUUUAAAGACCAUGGAGAAAAUUGAAAUGUUUUAGCAUCCGGAGUCGAUUGGGUAGGAAGAGUAUAUUCAUUUAUUUAAGUGGGUUAUUAGAUGGACAACAAUGGCACGGGAUUGCACGACACUGGCUCCUAAAUGUGCUCUUCUUCUUUUGCUCACAGCUUACCAUAUCCUGUCAACCAGCGCCUGCCAUCCCAGCUAUGAAUACUUCAUCGCGGAGUUCUGUCUGUCCAAGUUCUCCUUGGACAUGGAGGCUUUGGAUCAAAGGCUCUGGUGCAGCUGGGAAGAUACUGUGGAGCUGUACGGAUCCCUGACAAACUGCACUUUCCAGAUAGCCACAAAGGUGGGCUGCUUCUGGCCUAACCAGCAGGUGGACGAGUUCUUCAUCAGCAUCCACCGUGACUACUUCAAGGACUGCGCCCUGACGGGCCGGCUGCCCCACGACCCGCCCAACCACAUCCUGGGCCCCUUCAUCGCGGUGCCCGUGAUGAUCACCCUGCUCAUGACGGCCCUGGUGGUGUGGAGAAGCAAGCGCAGCCAGGGCGUCAUGUAGAGAUGUCCUCUGGGCACCUUCAUCCACCGCGUCAUUGGACUAACAGGAAAGGGUGUCCUCACCUAUCUGGACUGGAAAGGAAAACAAUGCUUGACCCUUGUCUGCUAAUCACAGUGGAGAUGGAACAGUUUGUAUGUCCUGCUGAUGGGAUAUCUCUGACCCUAUAACCUUUACAGAUGGACUAGGAAAAAAGGGAAUGGAUAAAUCAAGCCUUAUGUAAGAGAAGGACUUUGAUGUCUCUCUGUAUCCGCUCACAAUCUUACCCAUAGCUAAAAAUAACUGUAGGCUAAUUACUGCUGGUGAUACAAGUAGCAUAACAUUUCAACUCCCCAAAGCCACCGCUCGCCAUUGCUCUAUUUUUGCCUGUCUUAACAGCCCUCCCACCAACCUCCAGCCCCUAAUUUAAGAGCAUUCUUGGCUCAUUCUGCAGUGAUGUCUGGCAAAGGUUCUCUUAGUGCUGAUGGAUACUAAAAAAAUCACGUCAACACCCCUGUGGCCAUGGAAGUAGAGAAUUACACUUCAGAUCAAUUGGAAACCAAACUUCCGGUUGGCACAUAACUGCUCAUUGAAGGAACUGCUGGUAACCCAAGUCAGUAACAUUUGGUUUUGGAUCGUGUCUUUAAAGACACUGUCUGCAAUUCUGGCGGAAGGUUGAUAUUUGAGCUCAACAGCCAAUCAAAGCACACCCCUCUUUUCAGUGGUUCUGAACCAACGUGCCAAUAGGCUGGAAUUGUUUCUGGCUCGGUCCGAGCCACAAUGUUUCUCAUUUACAGGAGCCAGGACUGUAACAACAAGACAAAUACCAUUUUUUUAAGCACACACAGACACAACAGACAGCUAGGGGACCAUCACGAGCAAUUUGCUGAAUUUGACAAAAUAUUGAAUUAGCAUCGCAGACUCUACCUCUAAGUGGGAUGUUGUUUCCAGCAGCAUUGAAAUGAUAGGUCUAUGGUCCUGCUCCUUCUAAAGUCUCCAGAGCAAAUUCAGUCUAUCCUAUUUCUUUCCUAAUGACUGUCGUUAUACUGACAACAAAAUAGGGCGGUAGAAUAAAUGAGUCCCAACGUAAUGAGCCUGGGUUGAAAUCUUGGAGUACUGCUCUUCAUAAAUACAAAGCGAUGGGUGAAUUUCCCAGCAGGUGGUUUAUUCUAUCUCGACAAUGCACACACCAGCAAAUAAAAACCUGGGCAUCAUUAGAAGCAGAACACAGAGGAGGAUCAAAAGACUUUCCUUGUCGAGGAGUUUGUGCGUGUUGCAUAACGAACCUUCUGACAACGGCAUGGCCCUACAAAGCAUCUUCACCUCAACAUCUGAAUCACAAUGAGGCGUUUGUGAAUUCAUGUGCGCUCUAGAUGACUGUGUGGGAGAGAUACCAACAAAAACACCCCCACAGGUGAGAAGCCUUUUGUGUCAGCCCACAUGGGAUAAAAAAAUACAUCUCUUCAAUGGAAAGUCCACGGAAGCCAUAGACAGCUUCCGCCCUCGCAUACUGAAUAUUUCCUGUGCCACCUCAUCAAAAUGCAUGCAUUUUUAGUUCGCGAUUAAUAAAGUCUUCAUCUGUCUCUGUA